ACAUGGCGGCGCCCAGUGCAAACUUAACUCGCGUGCUAAAGGCAGCGCACAGCUAGAUUUCAUCCGAGCUUUAACGGUAAUUUGGUAGCAUGGCGAAAGCUUACGACUCCCUGAGCCCCACAAGUGGGCUCCCAACCGGCGCGGUAACUUUCGGAGCACGAAGUAAUAUUCCGCCGGAUGCCGUGAUGCUGAGCAGAGAGGCGGCACUGAAGCAUCAGUUGGAACUUUACGCGAAGUGGAGACCAAGGCGUGAUGUGUGGCCUAUCACGCAUGGUGCUACAAUAUCUGGAAUUGCAGCAGCAUUGAGCGGCGCUGUGCUGAAUGUAAUAUUUAGGAAGCAUUACGUGUUGCAACGUCUCGGCAAAGUGGCAACAACAGUGCCUAACGUCUUCUUUCCUGGGGCACUUGCAUUCAUUACAAGUUCUUUGUCUAUGCAUGAUGUCAUUCUCAUGGACACACAGUGUGUCGUGUGCACGCAGACGAAAGCUAUGGCGUACCAAGUGGGUUUCGGAGCCAUCUAUCCAUGCAUCAUAGCUCCACUGUCUUGCCUCAUGAUUGCCGCGCGCUGCCUAACAUAUCCGGUGGCCCCAUUCAGGACACACUACAAGGACAUCCUCGCAGAUGUUCGCCGUGUCCUCAGGAGGCGCAGCAGUACGCUGGCUGGCCUGGCAGCUCUCCAGUUCAUUGUAUCCUUCGGCCUCCUCCACAUGCAGAUGAAAUCAGUGUUAAAGUGCACAGGAAGCUUGCGGAACCAUGAGUGCUGAUCAAGAUACCAAAAUUUUUAGUGACCUAAACUGCCCACUACAGUGAAAGAAUGUAGAUAUAUGCAACGACAUAUGCCAACUAUUUGGUGCAAGUCGGUUGCUAUUUCAAAUAUACUGACCCAAUCGUUAUGUGCAUUGUCUUUAUUUACUGUGUGCAAGAUUCUGCCCACAGAGAAGCAUUCUGUAUUACUGUGCAGCUGCGCUUGCUCCGGAAUAUCAAAUGAGCUGCUUAGGGUAAAGGUUUGGUAGUUCUCGCUCUAUGCCUUUCGCAACCGCUUUUAAAACAGAACAGUGGCUUAGAAUAAUCAAUAUACAAUUAUGUAACAGUGGUAUCACUUAGUAUUAAAAGCUUCACUGUGUGUUCCCCUAUUAGAAGGCACGCACACAGAUUGAACUGUGCAUGCAUUAGAGUGAUGUGUUCAGAAGACUCCACCACUGUCACUAUUAACAUGGACGAGCACCACAAUGCGUAAGUUGCUCGGGAUGUAGGAAAAGCCACAGAAGGCGAAACAUUCUGUGCAAAGAUCACCAAAGUUGGGAAUUCAAACUGUGCCUUGAACAAAGUCUUGGCGUGCUUCGAAUUCUGGUACAACAGUUCACCCAAUGGACAGAUUCUAUUGUGCUGCUCAAGCGGGUUGCACACUGCUUGCAUUUCUCUCCAAAAUAUGCUGGCAGACAAUAAGCAUGCAGCAUGGCAUUUACUUCCAAGGCACGGGGACACCUCUCUUCAUGUGUGCAUGACUAAAACGUUUCCUUGAAGUGGCAAAGGUGAGAGAGAGCGCACUGCACAUUUUCAUGGGAAAGAAGCACCCACAUUCAUCACUAAGCACUUACCGACUGCAGUGUUGCACUCUGCAGGGCCGAUGUGAAAAGCUGUUAUCAAUAUAGCAAUGGGCGCUUGUGCAUCGAAUCUGCCAACCUAAUUAUGUAGGAAUCUUUUCAAGAGUCUGUAAAUUGCACCUGUAUUAGACCCCUGACUGGUGCACAAGACAGCACCUGUUUAGCAUUUCUUCUCGCUUGCGCAAACAUGAGAAUAGAAACGUUGAGAGAGUCCGUCAUUUUAUUAAUACUGGCACAUCCUAAUCAUUCACAUUAUACUUCGAGCUUAGCAUGCUAAGUUUGAACUAUAGAACUGUAAGCAUCCUUUUUAAUCCAUUCCAGCAAAGUGCGCUGCAUACAGGCUUACUAAGACUGUACAGAACUUCUGACCAAUUUAUGAAUGGAGAUCACACAAUGAUACAAUGUUCCCACAGCGAAGCAACAUAGUGGG